AUGGCCGCUACCGAAACAUCCACGGAUGCCUCCAACAAGCGUUUGAAGGCCAGGCACGACUACAAUGAGGAUCAGGACGAUAACGACCUGGAGGACGGCGACUCUGCCAAGGCAGAGGCCACGACGACCAAACCAAUUAAGACAGCGCCCGCAAAGAAACCAGCCUUGGUCAAGAAGGGGUCUGAAGCUAAGACGCCGAUCCGUACAGGAGCCCAUACCAACACUGUGAUGCCCACCAAGUUGUCGUUGCCCAAGGCUCCUGAGGGAUGUGUCAAGCUCACGUCCUGGAACGUCAGUGGCCUGAACGCGUCCUUGAAGAAGGGGUUUAAAACAUACAUCAGCGCCGAAGACGCCGACGUGAUCUGCCUGCAAGAGCACAAGGUUAACCAACCACUCCUCAAUCUUGUCGAUCCCAAGGUCUACCCUUUCAGCUGGUGGGGCUUCGAGAAGGACAAAAAGGGCUACGCCGGUGUCGCCAUUUUCUCCAAGACUACUCCUCUGAACGUCACCCCCGGUCUCCCCACCCACCCUGACCCCGGCUGCACCAAGGGCCGCAUCGUCACCCUUGAGUAUCCGACCUGCUUCCUCCUUGGGUGCUACGUUCCCAACGCCGGCCAAGGCCUCGUCCGCCUCAAGGAACGUAUGGUUUGGGAUGUCGCCAUGAAGGAAUGGCUCCUUCAGCUCAAGGCCAAGGGAAAGCAUAUCAUCUGGACGGGCGAUCUCAAUGUCUGCCAUAAGCCCAUCGAUCUGCGCAACCCGACUACAAAUACUAUGUCUGCGGGAUUCACAAAGGAGGAACGAGCCGGCUUCUCCGCGAUCCUGGAUGAGGUUGAUUUGGUCGAUACGUUCCGUGAGACCCAGGGAGAGGGACCUGAGGCUGCAGGACAGUAUUCGUAUUUCUCUUAUCGGUUCCAGUGUCGUGUCAAGGGUAUUGGCUGGCGAUUGGAUUACUUUGUCACAGAUAAGGAGUUGCAGAAGGAGCGUGUCGUCGAGAGUGUCAUUCGUGAUGAAUGCUAUGGAGCGAGUGACCACGUCCCCGUUGUUUUGGUCGUCAAGGGUGCGCUGUAA